AGUUAACUCAACCCUUCUUCCUCCUUUUCUCAACACCAACGGGCUUCACCAACCCAGGCACCAAGAUGGCGACUCACGACGCUGGCCCCACGGGGGCCGCCGCACCUUCGAAGCGUGAGCGAAAGCGUCAAUACAUCACUGAGAAACUUGCCCACCUGAACGAGAAAUUCCAGCGUGACCGAGACCUGAGUUACCGCGACCAGUUGCAGAAAAUUCAAGUCGACACCACGCUUGUCCAGCGGCUCGACCCAUAUGACCCCAAUGUUCUCGACGUCAUUGCCAGUCUCCGCCGUGAACAUGCCGAGGCUCAAUCACCAGAGACCCUGUCGGAAAACUCCCGCACUCUUGUUCAAAUGUCGGGACCCAAAUUCCAGGACUUUAUCCGGGAAGUCGAGGAUCUGAUUGAACACCGCGAUUCCCAUCUGGCCCAGCAAAAGCACGAGCAUGAUCGACGGCUACACCAGUACCAGAACGAGUACCUCUACAAAGUUGAGACGGCCAACAGGGAACAUCGCGCCCUCGCUAAUACUCUCCGCGAUCGGCUCAUUAAUACAGUUACAUCUCGAAAGUAUCGUCUCCAGAAGGAAAAAGAAGCCCUGGAAAUCUCCGACUCAUCCGCCCUGCUGCUUCACCCAAACCAAUUCAGUAUGACCAAUCCAGCCAGCCCCGGUGGCGCUCAUGGCAAACGAGCUACGAGGCUUCGCAAGGACGCCGAUGAUCUUUCUGGAUACUCAGAGACUAAGAAGCGCAAGAGAGCUCCUGGAGACGACGACGGCUCCCCUGUUCCCUCCCGCCGCCUCCUCGAUCCCAAUACCACGACACCUCUAUGGCAGAACGAGAAGCUCCGCUACUCGGCUAAACACAAUGGCCCAGCUUAUAGCAUCGAAAAGCUUUUUACGGAAAAGGAACUCUCCAUGACACGCCACCAGGCGUCCCUUGCUGCCCAUAAGUACAUCCUGAAAAACAAAGUCUAUUCCAACGGUGCUGCUGCCUCGCCCAACGGUAGUGACUCCGGCGAGAAUGACGGCUCUGAACAGGACGGUGUCGACUCGAUGUCUGCCCCGAUGAUGGAGCGGACGACAUCCCAUACGACCCGUAGCAGCCGUGCGGCUAUCAACCAGAGCCUCCUUGAAGCUGCGGAGGCUUCCAACAAUCUUGAACUCCCGAAGCACAUCGAUAUCCUUCAGCCCCACGAACCAACCAAGAUUCCUCCUAUUCAGCCAGCUUCCUACUCCAAGACAAGCGGUCGAGCAGCCGAGAACUACCCGCAGUCUUUGUCGGCGGAAGACGCCAACUCGGACAUUCUCCUGAUGGAGCUCUACAAGAAAUAUGACGCAAAACACAAGCCCGGCGCCUCGAUCGACCAUCCUAAUGGCAGCCGGAGAUUGCUCGAGUCUGUCGUGACCCCCUACACCAAGACUGCUGGUGGUGGUUUCCGUGCGGGUUCUCGGCCGGAUCCCAAGUCUCUUAAUGAGGGGCUGAACGAAGUCGAGGCCGAUGAAGAAGCCGACUCGGCGGCCAAGCCAUCUGGUACAGCCGCUGCGCCGGCCGUGGCAGCGUCAGUUCCCAUGGGCCGCCAGAGCAGUGCCGCCGGCGGUCACACCAUGAGUCGGCAAGGUAGUUCCCGUGGCAAGGCCCGGAAGAACUGAAGGCUCGUGAAAAACGGGGACAGCAAGCCCUGGGAGAAGGAGACGAUUACGAGAGAUAUGGGUAAACGGGCGUUCUAGGGAGAAGAAACAUGCCAGACAACGUAGCAUGGGAAUGGUUCGGUAUAGAGAGACGAAAGCUGCGAGUUAUAGACUUGGCUCGUCCCCCGGAUGGUAUUACGUAUUGGUGAACGGCGUUGGAUGUUGAUAUUGAUUUUUUUUCGGGGGGUUUUUUUUUUCGUUUAUUCUCUUCCUUACUGAUGUUUUUAUCUUGGGUCCAACACAGGAUACUUAUGAGAGCAAAUAUGGAUCCGAUUCUGGCGACUAGUGGGCUUCUCUGGGGACGGAAGAAAGAGACAUGCCCUUUCCCGAUACCCAGGUUCUUUUACAAAUACAUAUUGACAGUGAUUACUGAUGAUCGUGGGUCUAGAGUGAAUUUGGAACCGUACUCCGUAGUAAUAAAUUAGAGAUAUCGAAAAAUG